AUGGGCCACCCUUCAUUCCAUCCCAAGACGUUAGACUCACCGAAUGAGCUACCUCUGAUCGUGGAAGCCUCUGAAGAAGUCAAGCAAAAGCCGCGAAAAUGGUACUACUAUCUGUGGGACACGUUGGACAAGCCAAAGGAAGAAAGAUGGUUCAUGUUCAAGCUCGAUGCAGCGCUUUUGACCUUCGCGUCGCUGGGCUACUUCAUCAAAUACCUUGAUCAGACGAACAUCAACAGCGCCUUCGUUUCCGGCAUGAAAGAAGACCUUGGUCUCUACAAGAACCAGCUUAAUUACAUGCAGACGUGCUGGACUGUCGGCUAUGUGAUUGGCGAGCUGCCCAGCAAUAUGAUCCUUACACGGUUUCGACCCUCGAGAUGGAUCCCAUGCAUGGAAAUCACCUGGGCUGUUCUGACUUUCUGUCUUGCUCGGGCUAAUAAUGCGACGACGAUCUACGUUCUGCGGUUCUUUAUUGGGCUCGCGGAAAGCACGUUCUAUCCCGGAAUGCAGUACAUUAUUGGGUCUUGGUACCGGAAAGAAGAGUUAGCCAAGCGUAGUUGCAUCUUCCACACCUCAUCUGCACUAGGCACCAUGUUCUCAGGCUACCUCAUGGCAGCAGUCUACAAGCUCGGAGGCCGCGGCGGAAUGGCAGGCUGGCAGUGGCUUUUCAUCAUCGAUGGCGUCAUAUCACUACCCAUUGCCAUCGCCGGCUUCUGGUUCAUCCCCGACGUGCCCGAAAUAGCCAAGCCAUGGUACCUCACCGAGGAAGAAGUGAAGUUCGCGCAGAAGCGCAUGCAGCUCGAAGGACGUCAACAGCGCAAGCCCUACACGAAAGCAAAGUUCAAGAAGAUAUUUACAUCUUGGCAUAUCUACGCUUUAACACCUUUGUACGUGUUCUUCAACAACGGUGGUGUGAGUGCGGCACCUGUGUUCCAGCAGUACCUCAAGGCUUCGAAGGACCCGAAGUACACCGUCAGCCAGAUCAACGUCUACCCGACGAUUCAAAACGGCGUGCAAGUUGUGUCAACGCUGGCGAUGGCUUGGAUAAGCGACGGCGUGCUAAAGGGAGCGCGGUGGCCAAUGAUAGUCUUCGGUGGCUGUGUGAACAUAAUGACUGAAGUAUCGUUGGCUGUGUGGAACAUCCCUACGAAGUGGAAGUGGGCUUGUCUUUCACUGACCGGAGUGGCCGGCGGUUUAUCCGGGUUGUGCAUGGCAUGGGCACAUGAAAUAUGCACACACGACAACGAGGAGCGCGCCAUUGUUAUUGCAAGCAUGAACGAGAUCGCUUAUGUGCUGCAAGCAUGGUUGCCGCUGAUAGUGUGGCAGCAGGUCGACGCGCCGGAAUACCGCAAGGGCUUCAUCACCGUUAGCUGCUUGAGCUUUAUGUUGAUCGUCACAGCGUUGACGAUCAGAGUGCUACAUGCUAGGGAGUUAGCGCAAAGGCGAGAUGAGGAUCUUUCUGAUGAAAAUUUAGUUCAGUCGGACAGGGAUGAAAGCACCGAAAGAAGCGUGGAUGUGAAAGUGUGA